CGUAUCAGGAUGCAGAUGUUUUGCAACUGUUGUGGUGCUGCUGCUCGGGUGUUACUCAAACACUAACUGCGGUAGAAAACUACAUUUAUUGUCACUUUUUUUCAGUCGGUACAGUCCGUGUAGGUCCAAUCGUAGAAAAUGGCAAAACUCGACCUUGUUCAAAUUGGAAAGAACUUGUUAAAGAGUGGAGAAACUGGAGAGAGUGUGGAGCUCCAUUCUCUGUGGCAGGACCAGCCAGUGGUCUUGUUCUUCCUGCGCAGGUUUGGCUGUCAGGUGUGUCGCUGGAUGGCAACAGAGGUCAGCAAACUAGAGCCGGACCUGAGAGCCAGCGGUGUGGCGCUGGUGGGGGUCGCACCAGAGGAGUUCGGGCUGAAGGAGUUCAAGGAAGGAGGGUUUUUUAAAGGAUCCAUUUACGUUGACGAACAGAAGAAAAGCUACAAGGAUUUGGGCUUCAAGAGAUACACAGCCAUAAGUGUGGUACCUGCUGCUUUGGGGAAGAAAGUACGAGCUGCAGCUUCAAAGGCCAACGCUGAAGGCAUCCAGGGAAACUUCUCAGGAGAUCUACUCCAGAGCGGAGGCAUGCUCAUUGUGGCCAAAGGUGGAGAAAAGGUCCUAGUGCACUUUAUCCAGGAUUCACCAGGAGACCACCUACCUCUGGAGGAAAUUUCUAAGGCUUUGGGCAUCUCAGCCAAAGCAGAAGCAGGACAGAUGCCAGUGUGCAAUGAUGAUGUUUGUACACGAUGAUGACAGAUCUGCCCAUCGCACCAGGUGAAUAUCAACACGUCGGGAAGCUAAAAGAAGUGGAAUGUGAGCAAAAUGCUAACGUGAACAUAACACUACUGCCAAUAUUCAUAAUUGUUUGUAAUUUCUUUGUGACAGUCACAUAAUAUAUUAUUUUAUUGUCUACACCUGAAAGCAACAGUGGCAUUCCUUUUGUAAUCAAUUCCUUUCAUUGUAAUUAAUGUGAAUUAUGAACCUACCUGAAAUUGUCUGUUUGUGAAUUUGCAUUUAUAACACUCUUAUCACUUUUUAAAAUAAAUGAUUUAUAUGUAUCUAAUUAUAAUAAAAGUUUGAAAUCAGUA